UCCGCCGUUGCCAGGGAGGGCGGAGGACGCGCCCUUAGCGACGGGUCUUUUCCUGCAGCUCCGCGAGGCCCGAUGGCGGCCGCUUCGACCGCCAACCCCACCGUCUUCCUCCUCAUGGUCACCGGGCAGGUCGAGAGCGCCCAGUUUCCAGAAUUUGACGAGCUCUACUGCAAGUACUGCUUCGUGUACGGCCCCGACUGGGCUCCAACUACGGGUCUGGAAGAAGGCAUCUCACAGAUCACGUCCAAGAGCCGGAAUGUCCAGCAGAACCUGGUCUGGAACUUCCCCAUCGACGUCACCUUCAAAAGCACCAACCCCUUUGGCUGGCCACAGAUCGUCAUCAGUGUGUACGGCCCUGAUCUUUUUGGGAAUGAUGUGGUUCGGGGAUACGGAGCCGUCCAUGUCCCUUUUACACCUGGCAGGCACCAGAGGAUCCUCCCGAUGUUCGUUCCAGAAUCAACUUCCAGACUGCAAAAGUUAACAAGCUGGCUGACAGGCAGAUAUCCAGAGUUCACUGACCCCAAGGUGGUAGCCCAGGGCGAAGGCCGUGAAGUGACCAGAGUUCGCUCGCAAGGCUUCGUCACAGUUUCCUUCAACGUGGUGACCAAGGACAUGAAGAAGCUGGGCUAUGACGUCAGCUCGCCAACCCUCGCCAGCUCCUCACUAACCUCGGUGACAGACGCGAUGCGUAAAUUCUAGACUUGCAAUUUUGGGUUGAUGCUGUCCUGCAAGAUGCAACUCGGAGCUGACCAAGGUUAUCAUAUAAAAAUGCUUUUGUGCAAACCCAGAAGCCAGACCAGACCAAACCAAUGCAGAUGUGCAAAAAUCAGUGCCUGAGGGGUUUGCAAAGUGGGGGUGUCUGGUGGCCAGCUGUGGCUACGAUAAGCCAUUUGUAGACGAGCAGUGUGCCAAUGCUCUGCUUUUAGGGGCAUUGCUGUGUGGGCCAGAAGUAUCCCUGACUUUUGAUUUUUGCCACAAGUAGAAACUGUUUCUGCACGUGUGCACACACUUUCUCUCUCACACACACACGAUUAGUGUUAUCGGGAGGGGUUGGAUGAGAAAUAAGACUUUCCAUUGACAUUGUCCCAUUUUAGCAAGGUCUAAAGUUUGCAUGAAUAGCCUGUGUCUGUGGGCACAUAAGGAGGAAGAAGAAAUGAGAUUAAAGCUAUGCAAAUUAUUUCUAAUUUCAGUAUGUCAAAUAGGAUUUAAUACAAAAACACUGGUUUAAUAUUUUUUUUUAAGUUACAGGUUUUAUAAGAAUUUCUUAUCCCCAUAAAGGUCUUGGACCGUGGACUUGAUUUUCAGUUUAAAAUACAACUCUGUUUAGGAGUUUGUAAUUUUCCAAAUAAAUUAUUUCAUUUCCUGACAAAA